AAAGUUGCUGCGCACGCGCUUUGUUAUGCGUUUUCAAACCAAAGUUGAUAUUCUGAAGAAUUUACGUUAAACCACAAAAAGAAUUGAGAAAAACAUAAAUAAAAGAUCGUGUGUGUGUGUUUAAAAGAAAUUCGCAAAAAAAUAAAACAAAAAGUGAAAAAACAACAGCUGAAAAUAUUUGAAGUGAUUUAUUAAACAAAAGUGUUUUAAGAGUGGCGUUAAAAUUUUGCUCGACAUACAAAUCAAAUCUUCCCUCUGUCAGCUGUUUAAGUCAUAAAUUUUUUCCUUUGUCUAAAGUUGAUCACAAAGCCAAACGUGAAGUAAUAACGUGACGUGUUUGUUGUUGUUGCUGGAGUAUCAUCCCGUCGUCAUCACUGUUCAUUUUUGUUCAAAGAAUGCUAAAAGAAUACUAAAAGCAAAACAAAACGUUUUAAAAAUAUUUUUGAAAUUUUCACGUGUUUGAGGUAAAAUUUUUGCCAACAAAAAAAGUGUUCAUUUAUCAAUCCUUGUAAGCUGAAAAACAAAAUUUGCGAGUUUGCCGUUUUGAAACCGAACGAAUUUCAAAAGAUCACAAAGCGUAAAACUAAGAGAAGAGAAAACUACAGAAGAAGUAUUGAGAAAAAAAUGCUAAAAUCAUUUAAAAUCUACACGUGCUCAAACGGUUCACUUGGUCUUCAUUUGAGCAGGGCACCCUGGGAUCCCUAUCCCUGGGUGAGCAGCAUACAAAAGGAUUCCACUUCAUAUGUAGCAGGUCUGCGAGUGGGAGACUGCCUGCUUGAGCUGAAUGGCAAUGAUGUCUUGGGUCUGAGAAUCUCAGAAAUUGCAGCCCUUUUGAAAAAUCAUUGGCUCAAUGAAAGCAGUAAUCAUGUCAGCGUUGUGAUAUGGCGUAAGAAGGCCAAAGAUGCUGAAGAUGAUGAUGAUGAAGACGAGGAUGAGGAAAACAAUGCGCAUAACAUUAAUCAGCAAUCGUUGCAAAAGUUUGCAACUUGCCUGCAACAUAUUGCCCAAUUAUUGGAAUGUCCUGUUUGCUUGGAGGUUGUUAAGCCACCAGGAUGGCAAUGCUGCAAUGGUCAUGUUCUCUGCAAUAAUUGCCGCAGUCGCUCAGAAAAAUGUCCUGUUUGUCGUGUGCCGCUGGGACCACGAGGCAGAUGUCUGCUGUCGGAUAAGCUAUUUACUCUGUUGGCGGAUAGUUUUCCCUGUGAUGGCGUGCGCAGCAACAAAAGCUCACCCAAAGAUAGACGGAAAUGUUCAACGGAAUUUCAUAAUCAGCCAAAGAUGGCCAUUGUGUCCAAGCAAAGGCACACCACCGCACCCCAACCCAAUGGUGAAGACGACCAAGCUGAAGAUGAUGAUGAUAAGAGUGAAGAUUUCAAGAAAAUAGAACAGGAUAACAUUUUGUUGAGCUCUUUGCGUAUGGGUCGACGACGACGUACCAAAUCGAAAAAAGAGGAAACGGAAACUGUGAAUCCCGAGGAGGGACAGCAAGAGAACAAACGGCCUCAUCACUCCAACACAGUGGCCCAUAAAGAUGCGACGGUUGUUAAUGUUCAAGUCAAGACCAACAAUGGUGGCAGCAACAGGAAGUCAUCACAAGAUUACAGAGAUGGUGUCACAAUGAGAACGACAACGGCAACGUUGCUACAGGUACCAGUCCCAGCUAAAACUACUUUAAUGACAAUUGCAUCUCAGGCUGGCAAUGAAUGGUUGCCUGGUCGUGCCAACUCGCUGUGCUAUUGCAGGGAGUGUUUUAAGUCAGAUAAAGUUGCCAACAACGUGCUGGCAACACCAACACCCACAACAACUUCAAAUAAAUUUUUAUUCCAAGCCGAGCAUCAUCAACUGUCCGUAGAGAGAAGAGAAAAUUAUCAGUGCCCCACUGGGAAAUUAUGUUGCUUGCAACAGAACGUGAUGCCCAGUGCUGCAAAUGAGGUUGCAGCUACACUUGACCACCAUCAGCACCACCACCAGCACCAUCGCCAGCAACAAAUGACUAAUAACAAGUUGUCAACAAAACAAAUAGAAGCGGCAGCAACGCCAACAUUGCCCAUCCACCAUGCAGCCGCGUCUCCCUUUGGCUGCAAACAGCUACAAAAUGAAUGGCAGAUACUGACCCAUCUGACGCAGGAUCAUCAGAUGGCUGUUAAUCAGUAUUAUGGCGAGUUUGGUCAACGCAUCGCCAUCCGAUGUGAAGAGGGCGAGGAAGCUUUGCCAAAACGAGUGUUUUGCCUAAAUUUGCGAUCCUCUGGAUGCACUGCAGCCCACACAGAAAAAUUCUUUGUGGCCUUUGUGCCCAUGAGCCCAGCAGCAGUAGCCAGUGCAGCGACAAACAAUAGCAACACCACUACCACCACCCUCAAGGUUGCCAUUUUCAUAUGGCACAUGAACCCCUUGCCACAAAACAAUGACCACUGCAUGGUAUCCAAUUCAGUGGCUCCCGCUGGCAAUGGCCACGAUGACGUUGGCCAAGUCGAUGAUGAGGUCAGCAAUUUUGAUGCGAUUAUAGAAAAUCCCAAAACGGGCAUAAAAUGGUUUGGUCGCGCUCAUUGUUUAACCACUCCAUGGUCUCAGAUCUAUCAGCGGCAACAUUUUCUUAUGCAUGAAGUGAUGGAAGGUCAACAUCAUCCGAAUGAGGAUAAGGAUGCAGAUAACAGCAGCAGUGCACAUGGUGAUGGUGCUGCAUUUGUGAUAGUCAUCAAAUCGAAAUCCAAAGAUGAGAGAUAGAACAUCCAACCCACUAGGAGAGAGUGCUUGAGUGAGAUGACGAAAUGCCAUGGUGUUCUCUGGAGACUAAAGAAAAUGACAAAAAACUAUCACACGGAAACUAUAAAUGUAGGUGUAAAGAAAAAUCACUUGCGGCGAGAUUGGACUUGAGUGACCACUUCAGCAUAGCAUGCAGCAUAAGUCGAAUGAGUUUAGGUAGAGAGAAUAAAACGAAAAGGAGGAGAAUUUUUAGUUAUAUAUGUAAGGGAAUUUAAAGUCUACUUUUUUUAUUGUAAUAUUUAUUGAACGAAAAAUAAAUAAAAAAAAUUAAAAUACGUAA